CUGUGCGUUCGUGGAUUACGUGAAAUUUCAAUUAUAUAACAAGAAAUAUCGAUUUUAAAAAAUCAGUCAUAUAUAAUAAUCGCUUUUAAUGGAAGACAAUCGAAAAAUAGUUGGUUUGCAUGAAAUAACAAAUAUAAUAAUAUUUUUUCUUAAAAUCAGUCGAAAUUCUUAAACAUUGAUGAGUUAUACUUAUUUGAUAGUCCGGCCUGACAUCGUUAAGGUUACAGAAAAUUUAAUCGGUAUAGUCGGUUUUGCACAACCCUAAAAUCAUACGCGGACUCAGUAUUUAAAUGUUUGCUCCUCCUCCUCUCACAAUCAGUCUUGAUCUGCUAUGUAACGCAGUCGAUUGCUUUCUGGUCCUCUUAUACUAACCCACAUUACUUCGAUUUAAAAUUGAAGUAGGUUUUUUUAACAAUUAAUCAGCAAAAUGCUUUCUCGUUUUAUUCUGAUACUCGUCUGCUUGUUCUUCGCGACUUGCUCUGCUCAAUACUGCCAAUAUGGCCCGUACAACCCAUGUGUGUGCUAUGGAGGGACGGUGAACCAUGCACCGGCAAAUUACCCGCAUGUUUGGUUGAAUGAUUCUCUGGACAAACUCCAUGAAUGCACCAAAACAAGACUCCAAGAAGUAGGGCAUGAUAAUAUGGAGUUAAUUCGUAAUCGUCAGACAAGCGUGGAGAAUGAAUUGAGGGGGACAAUGCAACUUGUGCAGGAACUCACAGCAAAAGUCAACUAUUUAGUAACAAAGGCUGAACUGCAGAAAGUCGUCGGAGAGCUGAACAAUCAGGACGAGAAAUCCAAUUCAAACAUCUACAAAUUAAAAUCUCAGCUGGAUUCGGACCGGGAAGCGACCAAAUCAAAUAUCAAAAUGUUGCAAAAUGAGUUUGGAACCCUAAAUAAUAAGCAGGAUAAUUUAAAGAAAUUCGUAAGAGAUGAGCUGAGGAAUCAGGACGUAAAAUCUAAUUCAAACACAAAGGAAUUAAAAUCUCAGCUGGAUUCAGACCGAGAAGCGACCAAAUCAAAAAUCACCACGUUGCAAACUGAGUUCGGAACCCUGGAAAAUAAGCAGGAUGAAUUGCAGAAAGUCGUAGGAGAGCUGAAGAAUCAGGACUCAGACAUCAACAAAUUAAAAUCUCGGCUGGACUCUGACUGGGAAGCGACAUAUUCAAACAUCACCGCGUUGCGAAAUGAAUUUGGAACCAUGAAAAAUGAGCAGGAUAAUUUGAAGGAUGAUCUGCAGAAAUUCGUAGGAGACCUGAUGAAUCAGGACUCAUCUUGUAGAAGGGACAUUCGUGAGUCGGAAAACCGUUUAGAGGCUAACCAAAAUAGUUUGACUUCAAAGAUUGAUGGGACACGAAUCGCAAUAAAAACACUGAUAAACGACCAGGCCACCUUAAAGAGUGAAGUUAGCGACGCAAAGCAACAGUUUAGGAACCAGCUGCAGCAAUUGAAUGCAAAGGUGGUGGAGCUAUGCAAGCAAAAGCGAUGGGUCGUGUCUACGCUGGCAAAUGGAAAAACGUAUCAUUUUUCGUUGCAAAAAUAUACAUGGGACAUGGCGAAGACGAUCUGCGAGGAGAAAGGAAUGCGUCUUGCUAGUCCGAAAACUCAGGAAGAAAUCAGUCUUUUGCAUAAAAAACUGACGGAGCUGGAGCCAGAUGAUGCUUUUUGGCUUUCUGCGUCUGAUGCGGCAAACAAAGGCGUCGAAUAUCAGUGGCUGGAUGGAGAGGUGCUCAACAGUACCUUGUGGGGAAAGGAAAGGUUACCAGACGACGACGGAAAGGGUUCUGCAUUCUGCGGUUAUAUCAGGAAAAUUCAUGAAGUUAAAUUGUACAAGGAUAAAUGCACCCACUUUGCCUAUAUCAUUUGCGAGAUGCAAUAAUCUUAUUUUUCACUGAAUUUAUUUGAAAAUCUGUAACAUAAACUGAUUCUACCCUCUUA